ACAAAGGAGGGGGCUGGACUUUUCUUGAAAUCGCCUUGUUGUGUGCUGUGAACUGUGGAGGCGCCACAUAUCCCCCCAUUGCAUGCCCUUCCCUUGUCCCAUGCGGCCACGCCCAUACCCCUUCACCAUCCUCGUCAUUCCCUUUACUCCUCCCCUCUCCCUCUCCUUCUCUCUCUCUCUAGAAAUCUCUUUCUUCUCUCUCUAUAUCUCUUACUAUCCGCCUUAUAUAUCUCACCUUCCCCUCUUUGCUCCCUCCUCAUCCAACAGUACCCCCAUCCCCCCCUCUCUCUACAACAUAUUCUCUCUCUAGAAAAAUAGUGGUAGUAACAUUAUGGGAAGCGUUUGUGCGGAGCAACUCCACAAGUUCCACACCUCCCACCAACUCCAGCUCCUCAACAAGAAAUCUCUGCUGAGGGAAAUCGACAUUCCGCCGCGCAAGCUCCUCAGCCGCCGGGCGGCGGCCUGCGGCGGCGAGAACGUGGCCGACAUUUUUGCCGACUCGCCGCGGUCGGCGGAGGAGGCCCUGAUGCAGAAGUUCCUCCCGUACAACAAUGGUGGAGGCGACUCCGACGACUCGGACGCGGACGACCCGUACUCGUCGGACCACUUCCGGAUGUACGAGUUCAAGGUCCGGCGGUGCACCCGCAGCCGCAGCCACGACUGGACCGACUGCCCGUUCGCCCACCCGGGCGAGAAGGCCCGCCGGCGGGACCCGCGACGGUACCACUACUCGGGCACUGUGUGCGCGGAGUUCCGCCGCGGUGGGUGCAGCCGCGGCGACAACUGCGAGUUCGCGCAUGGGGUUUUCGAGUGCUGGCUGCACCCGGCCCGGUACCGGACCGAGGCGUGCAAGGACGGGAGGAACUGCAAGCGGAAGGUCUGUUUCUUCGCCCACUCGCCACGCCAGCUCCGCCUCCUGCCGCCGCAGUCCGCCGCCGAUUCUCCGCCGCCGGAGGGGAACUACCGCCGGAAUCCCAACCACUGCUGUCUCUAUUGCCACUCCCCCGUCUCUGCUUCCCCCACAUCCACCCUCAUGGGUAUGUCCCACAUGUCCCCGCCGCUCUCUCCGCCCGAGAAUCACCGCCCGGUGAGUUGGGUCUCCCCGAUUUCUCGCUACGGCGGGGAUCGAUUUUCAGCCGUCGAUUCGGGUUACAAGGAUUCGUUGAGUGAGCUGAUUUGCUCCUUGGAGGGCAUGAAUGUGAGUGAAGCUUCACCACAUGCCGGGGGUAAUAAUGGAAAUUUGCCUUGGGUAGAUGUUUGUCUGAACAACAAUUGUGAGGAUCAGCAGCAGCAGCAGCAGUUUGUUCUCUCUCCUUCCACUCCAAGUCCUAUCGGAUCCAGAGGGUAUUUCAGUAAUUGUGAUUCUCCCUCGAGCAACAGCUUCCAUUUUGAAGACAAGAGCAAUGAGAAUGGUCUGGGGUGCCCAGAUCUUGGUUGGGUCAAUGAUCUUCUGACCUAAUUUUGAAAUUCCAAGAUGGUGGUGAUGAUGGUGAUGAUGAUGAUGAUGAAAAUUGAAGGAAAUGAUGGGGAUCCAUAUAAAUAAUAUAAUUGAGAAGUGUAAAUAUGUGGGAUUGGGUGUUUUAUUUUUUUGGUCCUUCUAAUUAGUAAUUACUCUAGAUUUCUUUGUUAGAGUCUAUUAUUCUGUGUUUUUGUUGAAUUAAUUCCGAGUCUUUUUCGAGUUUUGAUUUCGAGAAAAUCUGUGUAAGCGAGAGAGGUGUUUGGUUAUUGUUGUUUUUUUAGAUGUAAUGAGGAGUUGGGGUUAUUAACAAUGUAUAAACCCUUGGGGAUUAUGAAUUGCAUGAUUUU